UCUAUCAUUGCUUUCCUCACAUCGCAGCAAAACCGACGUCACGCUCUUCCUCCAUUCCUCUCUCGCGAAGAGCUAAGUUAAGCUCUUCUUCUCAGAAUUCAGAUUCUAGGGUUUCGUUUCCUUUCCCUCUUCUUUCUCAGAAGUUAAACCCCGCCAAAACCUUCUCAGUCCUCUACAUUUUGCCUCUUCGCUUUCCACAUUUCACCUCCAUUAUCAAUUUCUAUCUUCCAGGAAAAUCCAACUCCUCUGGACCUGCCACAUCAAUCUAUUCAUGGCCAAAACCAAACCAGGCAAAAAAGACCUCGAUUCCUACACUAUCAAAGGCACCAACAAAGUUGUUCGACCUGGUGAUUGUGUGUUGAUGCGCCCAUCGGACUCCGAUAAGCCUCCCUACGUUGCACGAGUUGAGAAAAUUGAGGCCGAUCAUCGUAAUAAUGUCAAAGUCCGUGUCCGGUGGUACUAUCGGCCAGAGGAGUCCAUUGGUGGCCGCCGUCAAUUCCAUGGGGCGAAAGAGCUCUUCUUAUCGGACCACUACGAUGUGCAAAGUGCACACACAAUUGAAGGGAAGUGCAUCGUGCACUCAUUCAAGAACUACACUAAGCUUGAAAAUGUUGGAGCUGAGGACUACUUCUGUAGAUUUGAAUACAAGGCUGCCACUGGCGGGUUCACCCCUGAUCGGGUAGCUGUGUACUGUAAAUGUGAGAUGCCAUACAAUCCAGAUGAUCUAAUGGUGCAGUGCGAGGGUUGCAAAGAUUGGUUUCAUCCUUCUUGUAUGGGUAUGACAAUUGAAGAAGCCAAAAAAUUGGAUCACUUUCUGUGUUUUGACUGUUCCUCUGAUGAUGAUGCCAAAAGAACUUUGAACGCAUUCCCAGUAUCACCAUCUGUUGAGGCCAAGGUGGAGACAAAGCGAAGGAAGAGAUGACAGAUAAUCAUGAUGGGUGAUUAGGAGGCACCGUUUUGGACUCAAAUCUUCACGUGGGGUGAUUUGUUGAUGUAGAUGAAGGCAAAUACCACUCAGUCUCAACGUCCAAGGGUGGUUAUUGUUUUCUUGUUCCUUUUUUCCUUUUUUUUCUUUUUGUAUAGAUGGCUCUGGACAAAUUUUUGAGCCAGUGUCCAAUUCUCUAGUUGCCAAGUCUUCUGAAAUUUUGAAUCACCUGUUGAAGGUAGCUGAUUGAAUGUGGGAUUUCCUCUAUUGAGCAGAGCUGCUGAUAGCCUUGCCGAGGGCAUCACCUGUUCCGUAUGAAUAUAUAUGAAUAAACCAUAUUUGUAGGAGCAGGGGAGCAAUGCCACCAUCUAUUGGUGAGCAUCUUUAUCUAGUUAUGCAUAUUUUUGUUAUCGACAGCCUCUAGUUGAGAAAGAGAGAGAGAAAAGUGCACAUUGGAGUUUUGUGUGCAUAAUGCAUGAAUGGGUUUCUUGAAGGAUUUGGAAUCCCACAUAUGUUCUAAGAUGAUAUUUUAAUCACAUAUAUCAGAGUUGAGUGCUGGGAAAGUAAAUGCAAUUUAUGGUA